CUCUGUCAAUUCAACGGCUUAACUUGAACUUAUUAUGGAUUCAUUAGUUCCUGAGACCCGUGUUCUGGCUGUUGCCAGCCACGUAGUCUAUGGCCAUGUCGGAAAUACAAUGGCAACCUUCGUCAUGCAAUCCCUGGGCUGCGAAGUCGCCGCCUUAAACACCGUCCAUUUUAGUAACCACACAGGCUAUCGCCAAUUCAAGGGGACUCGUGCCACCGCGCAGGAAAUUUCAGACCUCUAUCAGGGCCUGUGCCAGAGUAACCUCACAGACUUCGAUGUCAUGCUAUCGGGCUACGCCCCGAGUGCAGCAGCCGUGGAAUCAGUAGGCACUAUCGGCAUUGAUCUGCAAGAGAAGGCAGAAAAGAAGCCCGGGUCAUUUUUCUGGGUCCUGGACCCGGUCAUGGGCGACCAAGGCCGACUAUAUGUCAACGACGACGUAGUCCCCGCAUACAAGAAAAUCGUCCCCUUUGCGGAUUUGAUUUUGCCUAACCAGUUCGAAGCAGAGACCCUCUCCGGCAUCAAAAUAACCUCCCUAGAAACCCUCGCUUCAGCAGUAACAGCCAUCCACAGGAUCUACUCCGUGCCACACGUGAUAAUCACCUCAGUGCAACUCUUCAAGCUCUCCCAAUCAGGCUUAACCCCAGCCCCACCAGAGAACUUCCUAACAGUAAUUGGCUCGACCACGCGCUCCGACGGGUCCCCGCGACUAUUCCGCGUCGACGUACCAGCUCUGGACUGCUUCUUCAGCGGGACGGGUGACAUGUUCGCGGCGUUGACCGUCGCGCGUCUAAGCGAAGCCGUUUCCGCAGUGGAUGGACUGCGCACGACCAAGUCGUGGGUUUCGCCUGACGAUGUUGCGGCCACGAAUCUGCCGCUGGCUAGCGCGACUGUCAAGGUUCUAUCCAGUAUGCAUAGUAUUCUGGAGCGGACGCUGGAGAGUCGGGAUGCGGAGCUGGCGGUUGCUGUUCCUGCGCUGGAGGGAGAGGCUUCGGUGGAGGAAUUGGAGAAGAGGGAUUAUUUGCGGAGGACUAAGGCUGCGGAGGUUAGGCUUGUGAGGAAUACGCGGAUUUUGCGGGAUCCGAAGAUCUUGUUUGAGGUGCAGGAUUGGAAGAAGGCGGAUCUUCCUAAGGAUCUGCGGUAGUCUUUGGUUGGGUUUAAAGCUGGGGUUUAUAUCUUUUGCAUGUGGCAUGAUUGGACGAUAGAAGGAUUUCG